ACGUCCACUCGCCUUUAUAUCUCCCACUAAAUAUAUCCUCUAUCCCCCAAGUUUCUCGCCAACAAACAAAUUAUCUCUGUGAUCUUGUAUUAUCAGAGCUGAGAAAAAAAAAAAGAGAUGUGUUGCGGACGGAUUUGCAUGUUGUGCACGUGUUUGAUUCUGGUGGUGAUCGCUAUAGGGUUUCUAUUCGGGUUCGGAGUUUUCAAGGAAGGUUUCCACAAGAUUCAACAGUCCGUCCAUCUUGAGUGCGAUCCGAGAUCCGGCUGCGGCGGAGGAGGAGGAGGAGUUGGACGUCGUGGUUACGGUUUCACAGCUCCCGCUGGUAAUUAAUAACUAGAUGUGGUGUGAUCAUCUGAUAUGAUGAAUUCUUAUUCGAAUCAGCAGCGUUUGUUUGUUUUUUUUAAUUCAAAUUUGGAUACAUAUAUAUAUAUCGAUUCUUAGGUUUUUACUUUUUUUUCUCCAAUAGCUCACAUUGAUUGAUUCCUUUUUCGUUUAACCAUCAGAUUUAAUUAGUUUUCAUCUUAUGA